AUGGAACGGCCCGCAUCAAAGGAAGAACCCGCCGUUCUCAAGCCAACUGAAGAUGUUAUUCACAAUGAGUUCGCCGAGAACCUUGCGGACCGUGCUGCGGAGGUCGAGUGCAGCCCAUGGACCAAGUCUAUGUUUAGGCUCUACGGCUGUCUACUCAUCACGUACUUCUGCGGAUGCCUCAAUGGAUACGACGGGUCCUUGAUGGGGGGCCUAAACGCAAUGGCAUCCUAUCAGAGCUACUAUGGAACAUCUUCAACAGGGUCGCAGACAGGCUUUAUCUUUGCUGUUUAUAGCAUUGGCUCUAUUGCUGCCAUCCCUUUCACUGGUCCGAUCAACGAUCUUUUAGGCCGGCGAUGGGGCAUGUUUACUGGUGCAAUGCUCAUCAUUCUUGGCACUUGCAUCCAAGCCCCCUCGACUUCUAUUAGAAUGUUUAUGGGCGGCCGUUUUGUGCUCGGAUUCGGUGUUAGCUUCUGUUCGGUAAGCGCACCCUGCUAUGUCAGCGAAAUGUCCCACCCCAAAUGGAGAGGAACUCACACGGGCUUGUAUAACUGCAUGUGGUGGCUUGGCUCCAUUGUCGCAAGCUGGACCAUCUUUGGCUGUUCCAAGUGGAACGCCGGGUACGCCUUCCGCAUUCCAAUUUGGGGGCAGCUCGUUUCGUCAGUCAUCGUGGCAUGUGGAGUGUGGUUUGUUCCCGAAUCUCCUCGCUGGCUUAUUGCUCACGGUAAGUUGACGCAAGCCAGGGCUGUGCUCGCAAGAUAUCAUGGAGAGGGUUCAGAGGAGCACCCAAUCGUUUUACUGCAGAUGGAGGAGAUGAAGCAUAGUAUCCAACAAGAUGCCUCGGAUAAGAGAUGGUGGGACUACCGCGAGCUCGUCAAUACUCGAUCAGCACGCCGCAGACUGAUUUGCGUCCUCGGCAUGGCUACCUUUGGUCAACUCAGCGGCAACUCAGUCACCGGCUAUUAUCUCCCUGUCAUGGUUGAAAACGCAGGAAUCACGUCUGAAAGCACACAGCUGAUGCUCAACGGACUUAAUCCUGUCUUCUGCUUCAUCGCUUCCAUUAUAGGCGCACGCUUUAGUGACAAGAUCGGUCGCCGGCCAUUGUUACUCUAUUCCAUCUUCUUCUGCUCUAUCUGCUUUGCCGUCAUGACUGGCACCUCUAAGGCUGCUACGGCGGAUAGUGGCAAUCCUUCUGCCGCGAAUACAACAAUCGUGUUUGUUUUCCUGUUUGGCGUUGUAUUUUCAUUUGGCUGGACACCGCUGCAAACUAUGUAUAUUGUCGAAACACUUACCACUACAACUCGAGCCAAGGGAACUGCAGUUAGCAACCUGGCUUCUGCUGCAGCCAGUGUCAUCAUUCAAUACGCGUCAGGUCCAGCCUUUGAGGAUAUAGGCUACUAUUUUUAUAUCUUUUUCGUCUUUUGGGAUAUUUUCGAAGGCAUCUUUAUUUACUUUUUCUUCCCUGAAACUAAGGAGCGGACAUUGGAGGAGCUGGGCGAAGUGUUUGAAGCACAACACCCUGUUAAGAAGAGCUUGAUGAGGCGAGAUGCAGCUAGCGUCGCUGCCACACUUGGAUUAUAG